UUAAGCCUCAAACCUGCCAGCGCGUUCUUCUAGAGUGGAGUUCUCUCGGCGGACUGCCGCCCUCAAGGAAGUCAUAGAAGAAAGAACAUCUUGAGAGAAAUUGGCAUCAGCAGCCGUGAGUUAAAAUCCUGCUCUCAGGUCCCCGGUUUGCUGCGAAGGAUCAACUGAGAUCUGGGACAUGGGAAGGAUUCCCAACCCCUCUCAAGCGGUGCAAACACAAACCUUCGUUACGGAAAGGGCUCAGGCUGCCCCGGGCAAAUCCGAAGAGAGGAGACCACAGCGCGCUGGGCCACCGCGGCCGCGAGAGCAGCGGGCGGAGAACCUGCAUCUCAGCGCUCGGGGCUCGGCUUCCAGAGUCACCUCCGCGGCUUCGAUCACCGGUUCCCGGGACAUCGCGGCAAACUGGCCGAGCCUCCCCGACCCCUACCCUUUCUUCCGGAUUCAGCGCCAGGGCGCUCAGAGUCGCGCCCAGGAGAGUGCAACAGAUGCGCCGAUCUCGUCCCUUCCCGGUCAACCUGUUGCCGCCGCGUUAGACCAGCCGGCGGCCGGAGGAGAGCUCAAGCACCGGCUGUUUGCAGGAGCGCGGGAGUCCCGGAGGGGAGCGGAGGGACCAGGCCCAGCGUGGGCAGAAAAGCCUGGAGUCCCGGCUCUUACGCGCAGCCUGGUACUCAGCGCAGCGUGGAUUAGGAGUUGCCUAGUACUUCAUUGUGUGAAUGUACAGCGUUUGCCCAACUACUCUCGAUUGACCGAGCAUGAAUUCGGUUUUCCCAGUAUUUUGCAAGUACUAACAGUGUUGCAGGGGCAUGUGGAUCCUAGUUCCUUGACCUGGUGCGGAACCUGCACCUCCCAGCCCCCAUUUGGAAGGGUGAAAUCUUAACCACAGGCCCACCAGGGAAGUCCCAGAACUCACCAUCCAGGGGCCUUCUAUUGCCCUCUAGAGCCAGCCUGGGCUUCUGAACUCGCUCUUUUAAUAAAGAAAAAAAAGUAUGAUACAA